GACAGUUCUGUCUUAUUUCUGAUAUUAAUGAAACAACUUGGUAAAGGGCUGAAGUGUCUUCCUGAAUUGUCCAUUUAUUAAUGAAGCAUGGCUUGUGUUGAACAAGACAAGCUGGGUCAAGCAUUUGAAGAUGCUUUUGAAGUACUGAGGCAACAUUCAACUGGUGAUCUUCAGUACUCCUCAGAUUACAAAAAUUACCUGGCUUUCAUCAACCACUGUUCUCAUGUCAGAGGAAAUUCCAACAGCUAUGGUGUGGUGCCCACAGAGGAACCAGUCUACAAUUGGAGAACAGUAAUAAACAGCGCUGCGGACCUCUAUUUUGAAGGAAAUAUUCAUCAGUCUCUGCAGAACAUCCCUGAAAACCAGCUGGUGCAACCUACUCUUCUCCAGCAAAAGGGAGGAAAAGGCAGGAAGAAGCUCCGACUGUUUGAAUACCUUCAUGAAUCCCUGUGUAAUCCCGAGAUGGCAUCUUGUAUUCAAUGGAUAGAUCAAACCAAAGGCAUCUUUCAGUUUGUAUCAAAAAACAAAGAAAAACUUGCCCAACUUUGGGGGAAAAGAAAAGGCAAUCGGAAGACCAUGACUUACCAGAAAAUGGCCAGAGCACUGAGGAAUUAUGGAAGAACUGGGGAAGUCAUCAAAAUCCGGAGAAAGUUAACUUACCAAUUCAGUGAGGCCAUUCUCCAAAGACUGUCUCCAUCUUAUUUCUUGGAAGAAGAGAUCUUCUACUCACAGUAUGUUCAACCUGAUCAAGGAUAUCUCAGUUUAAAUAACUGGAAUGCAAAUUAUAAUUAUACAUACGCCACUUACCAUGAUCUAAGUCACCCUGAUUGCUAAAUAUACUCAUACAUCAAAAUUUUCUGGCAUCAGAAAUCCCUACAAGAUUUAGGAUUUUUCUCUGAAAGCAAAUACUGAAAAACAAAACAAAAAACCCAAACUUCAUUAUUGCUAUCUUUUAUGAAGUAGCGUAUAAUCUAUACUAACUUGGUGAAAAAUUUUGCCAGUGAACAACUUUAAAAUGAUCAAGUCCCAUUUGAAAAUAUAGACUAAAUGUCCUUCCUUUUACUAUUGUCUAUGUAAUACUUCCUUCUAGAUUAAUAAUGCUAGUGGAGAUGCUUUGAUUUACAUAUUGAUUUAAACAUUAUUUUCCUGUCAUACACUCAGAGGAAAAAAAAAAUCAUUCUAACAUGUAUCCAACAGCUUUAGCAACAAAACAAAAAAUGAUUGCCUGUGUUAGUGUUCCUG